CCUUCCCUGCAGUUCCCACGCCACUUUCAUGGUCGUACGAAGCCCGACGCAAUGGCUGAAGCGAACGUGGCGAAGGCAGCAGUUGCAGCGGCGACCGAGGAGGUCGUGGUCGGAGAGGUGGCGGUGGUGCCGAUGAAAGAACUGGUGAAGCAGCGGCCGCAGUCGCCGCCUGUUCCCGAGCCGGAGAAGCGGCCGAAGAAGAUGGCUUUGCUCUCGGCCCUGGCAGCGGAGGCGGCCGAGGAGAGGCGCGCCAUCGCCUUGGAGGAGAAUGCGACGGCGGACUGUACUUUCCACGAUGGCGUCUUCUCGGAGGAGAGUACCUUCGUCGCCGAUCUCGGCGACCACGAGAAGAAAGCCCUCGACGAACUCAAACUGCUUGUUCGUGCCUCCCUCGCAGGCCACGACUUCUCCCCGCCUCUUCCAACCGGAAAAAACCAGCAAGAGGGGCCUCUAGUUCGUACUCCACCGGAAUAUUUGCGGCAUCCGGCGUCGGAGGAGGAAGACGACGGAAAGCUAGUGCAUAAUGUCGUCAAGGCGGACGAGGACGGAGCCAAGACGGUGGAAGCCAUAGAGGAGACCGUGGUCUCCGUUGCCACUCUGCCGACAAAGAAGAAGGUGAAGGAGGUCGAGAAGACCGGCGCCCCUGAGGUACUCAUUUGGGGCGUCCCCCUUCUGGCCGACGAGAGGAGCGACACCGUGCUCCUCAAGUUCCUCCGCGCGAGGGACUUCGACGCCAAGGAAGCCAUGGCCAUGCUCAAGGCCGCCGUGCUGUGGAGGGAGGAGUUCGGCGUCGAAGCCCUCCUUGAAGAGGACCUCGGCGUCCCUGAUCUGGAGAGGGUGGUCUUCAUGCACGGCGCCGACAGGGCAGGCCACCCCGUGUGCUACGGCGUCUACGGCGAGCUCCAAAGUGAGGCGAUGCACGCUCUGGCGUUCGCCGACGAGGAGAAGAAGAAGCGGUUCUUGAGGUGGAGGAUACAGCACCUGGAGAAGGGCAUCCGCGACCUGCUCGACUUCACUCCCGGCGGUAUCUCGACAAUGCUGCAGGUCGCCGACCUCAAAAACGCAAUCCGGCCGGCGAAGGAAAUCCGCCUCGCCUUUGCUCUGCUCCAAGACAACUACCCUGAGUUUGUGGCCAAGCAGAUAUUCAUCAACAUUCCGUGGUGGUACCGCGCAUUUCAUCGAAUGAUGAGCCCCUUCUUCACCAAGAGGACCAGGAGCAAGUUUGUGUUUGCAGGGCCCUCAAAGACAGCUGAGACCCUUUUUAAAUACAUUGUGCCCGAGCAAGUUCCAGUCCAAUAUGGAGGCUUCAGCAGGGAGAAUGACCCUGAUUUCACCAUUGCUGAUGCUGCUACAGACCUCACUAUCAAGCCCUCAGUGAAGCAAGAUGUCGAGAUACUAAUUAGCGAGAAAUGCAUUCUCAUUUGGGAGCUUCGAGUUCUCGGCUGGGAUGUCACAUACAGUGCUGAGUUUGUCCCGAGUUCGGCCGACCGGUACACGGUGAUCGUGCAAAAGGAGAGGAAGCUUUCCGCCAUGGACGAGCCUAUAUUGAAGGGCACCUUCAAGGUUACCGAGCCCGGGAAGAUUGUUCUUUCAGUGCACAAUUCAUCCACCAAAAAGAAGAACCUCCUCUGCAGAUACAAGAUCAAGAGCUCAAACUGAGUCAGUCCAAAUUGUAGCUGAAAAAUGAAUGUGUAUCGAUCCAUAAUUAGCAACCGAUCUAGUAAAAAUUCUACAGUUGUUAGUUGAUGCAAAUCUUCCAGACAGUGUUGGCUGGUGUCUGUUAUCAGAUCAUGUGAGUUAUCUGUCUACAUUCGAUGCCACCAUGAGUUAUCUACAGAUGUUCUCAAUUGUUUCA